CACUAGGAGGUCAGGUGACGGUCACGGCGGCGGCGGCGCCGUGUUCUCCGUUACAUGUACGGGUAUUCCUGCGUGUACGCGACGGUACUACUGAUGCAUGUGACAUGUGCUGACUGCAUGGAACAUGUAGGUACGUGUACGAUCGACAAAGACAUCCAGCUUUGACCCCAGGUUUUCAACAGCGCCAGACUCCCAGGUCAUUCAAAAAGAGCAGCGCUAGGAGAAUCAGGUUCAAGUCAGUCCAGUCACUUCAUCUACUGGCUACAAUGCAGUACGACGACAUUCUUCGCCGCAUCGGCGGUUUUGGCAAGUACCAGAAACGUCUUAUGUCUGUCCUGGUUCUCUCCCAGUUACCCGUUGCGUGUCAGUUCAUCGCCCAGGUAUUUUUUGCCGCAAAGACGGACCAUUGGUGCGUGGUACCGGAGGAACACGCCCUGAAUUGCAGUGGGCUCCAGCUGGACUCGCUUCGUGAGUGUCAGGAGGCGCAAAAGAACCAGAGUAUUCCGUACCGACUGGACGGAGACGGCAACCGGAUUUACUCCUCGUGCGAGCGGUACGCGACGACUGAUGACAAAGACCCCGGCAGCGGCUGGGACCUAAACGCCACCGACGUCAUCCCCUGCGACGCCGGGUGGGAGUUCGACCGAUCACGCUACCAACUGACCAUCAUUGAGGACUUCAGCCUGGUGUGUGCCAGGGCGGAUUACCCCGGGAUUGCUCAGUCCUUCUGGUUUGUCGGCGUACUCCUUGGGUCCCUGGGUUGGGGCUCAGUGGGUGACUGGUUCGGGAGAAGGAAGACCUUCAUCCUCUCUUUUCUUCUGACUACCGUUUCGGCCAUUUCGUUAGCUUUCAGUCCAAACUUUGCAGCUUUCGUUAUCUUAACUGUCACUGUGACAGCUUCUGCGUACGGCGCGUUCCUCAUGCUCUUUGUCCUCACGUCAGAGAUCGUCGGCCCAAAGAGGCGUGUCUUCGUCGGCACCAUGUUCAAUCUCUUCUUCGGAGUUGGUUACAUGCUCUUGACUUUGAUAGCGUUCCUUCUCAGAGACUGGCGUCACCUACAGUUGGCAAUAUCUCUUCAGUUUGUCCUGUGUUUCCCUCUGCUCUUUGUUCUACCUGAGUCCCCGCGUUGGCUCAUGUCGAAGAACAGGUUUACUGACGCGAUCGUCGUGCUGAGAAAGAUCUCCCACAUCAAUGGAUCCAGCGUUGGGGACACCACCUUCGAGAGCUCUGAAAGAAAACCCGUCGUCGGCCAGCAACGACAGUCCACCACCCAGCUUGACCUCGUCCGAACACCCAACAUCCGGAAGAUUACUCUGAUUAUGUGGUACGAUUGGUUCGUCGCUAACAUGGUGUAUUAUGGAUUGUCUCUGAGCACGUCCGCCCUGGGUAUAGACGAUUACCUGGCCGCCCUCGUGUCUGGUGCCGUGGAAAUACCAAGCCUCAUCUUGUGCGUGUACUUGAUGGAGCGUGUCGGCAGACGUUUGACCCUAGUUGCCUUUUACAUCUCCGGUGGACUGGCCUGCCUCGUCACCAUCUUUCUUCCCCUCGGAGCCUGGAGGGCCGGGGUUGCCAUGGUAGGCAAAUUUGCCAUCGCGGCGGCCUUCAACCACAUCUACGUAUACGCCUGUGAGCUGUACCCGACGGUUAUCCGGACCAUGGGCGUGGGUUCGUCCUCCAUGGUGGCCCGGGUCAGUGGUAUCCUCUGUCCCAUCAUCCUCCUUCUGGGCAAGCAUUGGGAGCCCCUCCCGCUCUUUGUCUUCGGUGCUGGCUCCGUCAUUGCCGGGGUUCUCUCUUCGAUGCUGCCGGAGACUCUAGGCCGCAACCUGCCCAAUACAAUCCAGGAAGGGGAGAAUUUCCGAGCCAGUUCCGGCUUCCCGUCGUGCUGCAAGAGCGCCCCUCUUCGACAGGAUGGUGACUCUGCCCAUCCUCCGGCUCAUUACGACCUGCUCCCGACAAAGCCUUCUUCUGCAGGUCCACCGGCAGGAGGCGUCUCGCCCCAACCCACCGGCAACGACUUCCCCACCGUCUCUAUGCAAACUUGACAUUCUUCCACAAGUAAAAUCCUGUGGGUCCGAAUCAACGUUGGGCCUCAUCAGACCCUCAUGAGGAAUCGGGCACACCUGACGUAGAGAGUUCUGCUUUCGCUUCAUUAUCUACAUAAUGCGUUUGUUACUUUAAAGGGUUUACAGCUUGUUUUUAUGAUACAAGACAGGCGAUUCUUUUAUCUAAAAUCCGACGUACAGUUCUUGUGCAGCGCGCAAUUAUUGUCGGAGACCAGGCAACCAAAAAUGUAUACGUUUUUCCACUGCGAUGUUCAAUGCACCCAGGCCGGCAACAUUUUGGCCUUAAACUUCAAAUGACACUUAUAACAAAACCAUAAAUCUGAUUGAAGUAAAAAACUACCUAUGUAAUGAUAAAGAGUGUCUCUACAUGUAUGCCCGGUUUUAAAAAAUAUCGAGCUAGGCACAGCCGGGUUCCUGAGGGAGCGGAAUCCACCCCCCCCCCCCGCGAGAAGGGACGAAAUAUCCCGGCGCUUUCAGGCUUAAUGCACAAAUGUCAUAAAAUUCCAAGAUGGCGGCUGCAAGGGGAAAGUUAUGCUCAGUCAUUCUAUUGAAAGCCGUGUUCGAGGAAGCGUCUUACCAGUACUGUUCCUUUUCCCGCACCCAUUACAGAAUAAAAACAACCACCGGAUCAACAUCGUUUGCGGAGUCCUCUUGGCCUGCUUUAGUUCCAGUUCCAAUCAAAGGAGCCUCUGUUGUUGUCGAGAAAACAGUGCCCUCUCUUGGUCAUCUCAGAGCUCAUACACAAAUCCGGCGAGAAGAAUUAGAAGCCAUUACUGCGGUGGCACGACAGGUGGUGCGCGCGCGUUACAUUCCUCUCCCACCAAUAGGGUGUCGUGACAUGCCAAAGUGCGCGUGCAAGUUAAGACAUGCGCAUGAAGAAGGCUUAGUUCUCUCUUCUUAGUAGCUGACUUAUCAGGUUAACAAAUGUAAGAUGCAAAACUCCUGAAAUGCUUUUAGAAAAUAAAUAUCAAAUGUUAAAUAAGUGAGCCAAAAAUGUUUCAUCUCCACAUAUUUGUGUGCAUGUCCUUACUGGUAAGGUAAAUUUAAAUUAGCAUAUCGCUCAUGAUAUAGAUAAUUCACUCUAGUGCGUCUCCAAGAAUUUGCAACACGUUGAUCAAUUACAGUGCGCGAAAUCU